AUGUCCAUGGCAAUGAUCAACAAGUCAGAGGAGGCUGAAGAAGACACUUGGAGCACAAUGACUCCUCCUGACAAAAGAUCUAAAUAUGGAUGGAGAUCUCAAUGUCCAGUGCGGUGGAUCAGAGCUGCUGCAGUGUGUCUGGGACUCCUGCUGCUUAUUGUGAUCUUCGGCCUGGUGGCCCACAAUGCCAGUGCUAUCGGUCAGCAGGACUCACUGCUGGAUCAUCUGAUGAAGCGUGAAAAGCUGAUUCACAACCUGACGACAGACAACUACGCUCUGAGAGAUGAGCUGAACCAGAUGAAGGUUAAUUCCAGCAGACUGACCAAAGAGAUGGAAGAGCUGCAGAGAGAAUACAAGACUGUGGCUGCGAGUCGAGACCACUUACUGCAGGAAUACACAACUUUAAACAGCAGCUCAGCGUGUAAAGUUUGUCCGUCUGAAUGGAUACCGUUCGACAACAAGUGCUACUACGCCUCACCACGAGGAAAGAAUAAGAACUGGGAGGACAGCAGGAAGGACUGUCUGCAGAGGGGAGCUGACCUGGUGAUGCCGACCACAAGACCAGAGCUGAACUUUGUGACCAGAAUUUAUGACAGAACCUGGAUCGGUUUGUCUGACAAGAAAAGCGAGGGAAGGUGGCUCUGGGUGGAUGGAUCUGAGGUGCAGACGGGGUUCUGGCAGACUGGAGAGCCCAAUAAUGAAAGAAAUGAGGACUGUGCAGAGAUCUCACGGACAACCGGGGAAUGGAAUGAUGUCCUUUGUAGUACUAAACUACCGUGGGUUUGUGAGGAUUAAGAUCCAAGAGUUUGUCUUUCACCAGC